UGCACCACCAGCAAGGAAAAUAAAAAGGAACCACAAGGGAAUAACGCAAAAAGACAUGAAGAUAGCGUGUGUGUGUGUGUGUGUGUGUGUGUGUGUGUGUGUGUGUAUGUUGUGUGUAUUGUAGAACUGAAAGCUUGUUCGAGUCGCUUAGUGUUGAAACCAAACGGCGCAUGUAAAAACAAAAACUGUAUGUCUUAUCAAUCAUUCCACCAAAAGUGAACAUUUAUAAGAUUCCAGCGUGGCACCCGUGAAUGAGAAAAUUAAGAAGAAAAAGGAACUUUGUGAGGGGGAAAAGCAAAUAGAAAGGGGAGCCCUGAAAACAAAAACCGAACUUUAUCUUCUUGUUGUGCUAAAACAAGGCUGUCAAAAGAGACUCGUUGUACUUUCAUGUUUACGAUGUGAUCACUCCGGGAAACCGAGAUGCACCCCCGUGACGAAGGGUGUUAUUCUUGUCGACCAGAGAUCCACCGCUGAGGAGAAUCCAACGACAAUGGCAGCAUAAGGACUCAAUUUCCUCUCUUGAUCUGCACACAGCGCAGCAGUUCUUGUGAUAUUCUGCGCUCACAAGCUUGCCUCCUCUCAGGGUAUUUGGCUGCGCAACUGGAACGAACUGAGUUGACUUCCGAGAAAUGAACUUUCUUUAACUUUUUUCUUUUUCUGAAGAAUAAACAGCAAAGUUCUUCUUUUUUUUUGCGCAAGCGCGAAUUUCGAGAUUUCCACAUGCACUAAUUUUAAGAAGUGAACGGACUUUCAGCGUCCAUCAGACUUCAUCAGACUUCAAUUAAUCCAAGACUGUGGUCGCUUUGACUUCACCGCAAACAUGCCGCUGGUGGAAAUGAUGUUCUUUCUGGUCCUUCUCGUCGGGUCGUGUGUGUCCGCUCAGGACCCCGCUUCCAAGGUGGUGUCCGACCGUUACGCCGUCUUCUGGAACCGCACCAACCCCAAGUUCUACCGGGGUGAUUACCACAUUGACGUCUGCAUCAAUGACUACCUUGACGUCUACUGUCCGCAUUACAUCAGCCCUGUGUCGGAUGAGCGAGCCGAGCGCUAUGUGCUUUACAUGGUGAACUACGAUGGCUACAGCUCGUGCGAUCAUACCGCCAAGGGCUUCAAGCGCUGGGAGUGCAACAGGCCUUUGUCUUCAAAUGGACCGCUGAAGUUUUCCGAAAAGUUCCAGCUCUUUACACCCUUCUCAUUAGGCUUUGAGUUCCGCCCUGGCAGAGAGUACUACUACAUCUCUUCCCUCACUGACACCAAAGGAAGAAGGAGCUGCCUUCGACUCAAAGUCUUUGUUAGGCCACAAAACAAUUGUGUGCGGAACUCUGGGAGCGUUCAGGAAGGAGUCGACUUUGACGAAAACAGUCACAACAGUCUUGAGCCCAGAGAUGACAUCAGUCACGAGUCACCAGAGCCUUCUCGAAGGGACGUAAACUCUGGCGUCAGGUGCUGCAGUUCCAUGCUCCCGCUUAGCUUCGCACUCCCGCUUCUGGCUGCUUUCUUGUUUUUAUAGCGCUCAUUCUGACGGGACUCUCAAGAAUUGACUGUCCUGAUUGGACCACAGGCUUCCCUAGCCCUGCAACCCCUCCCCCCAUUGUGGAGCACUUUUUUGUUACAUAAAAAAAAAAAAAAAGAAAAAAAAAGAAACAUGAUAAACACUGACAAUCUCUCUCAGUGAAAAAGGAAAAAACCACAUGAAAGUCUGCAUUUUGCCAACUAGUGUGAUUGACAUAGUGGCAAGGAGGGCGAUGGCCCAUGGUAAAAGAGGCAGAAUCUUUUAUUCACCACCCGGAUUUUAGAAAUUGAUUUGUGUUGAGGAAGACACACACACACACAAACAGGUAUAUCAGUGUGCAAGUUAUUUUAGGAUGUGCUGCAGGAUGACUUGAAGUUUCCAGGCCUUGUCUGCGUCUGGAACAUCACAUAAGAUCCCAACAGUUGACAUAACGAGACUACGUCUCAUAUUAGGAGAUCACCUGGGUCAUUAGUGACGUGUGGGUCAGAAGAAAGGACAGUUUUGCUGGCUUGGUGGGUGAGGGAAAUCCUCUCACAAUGGAACCUUCCUCAGGUGAUAAAAUAAUUAAUGUGUUGAGAGCUCUGGCAAAAAAUAUAUUGAAAACAUUUAAAGAAGCACUCAUUUUUAGUGUCUAAAUUGAAGCGUUUUAAUGGUGUUUUUUGUUUCUCUUAUUUUUAAUGGGUCAGAUACUUCAAAUGUCGCAGCCAACACGGGUGUAGAGUAGUAUUUGAAUGACGUGCAAGGUAUGUUUUGUUGUUUGUCUGUUUUUUUUUUGUUUUUUUUUGUCCUGGCAACGUGUUUUAUUUAUUGUGAUUCUUUGUGCUUUGAUUUCUGGUGUGGUCAGCCUGUAGCUCUGGUAAAAAAAAAAAAAAAAAAAAGGCAAUAAAAACACAUUAGCACAAUAACCCGUCAGGUUAUCUACAAAAGAAUACAUUUAAUUUGAAAAAAAAAAAAAAAGAAAAUACUCAAUAUAGUUUGUCUUUUUUAAUCUGAAUGUUUUUUUAACCAAGUCCAGGAAGAAAGAAAAAAGUCUGAUGUGCUAUCAGGGUGUACAAAUAGUGGAAUAUGUGUUCAAAUCUGUUAUUAACGAAUGUCACAAUUGUAGGUUUCCUCUCAUAUUAUUCCUUUUUGUGUAUCACGUUCAUUACACAGUUAUUGUAUAUAGAGGCAAAUGUCUCAAGAGUUCGGGGAUGUUUCUUUACCUGAACUGAAGUAUAUAAAUAGCAAUGGCGAGUGUCAUCUUCCUCAGAUUAAGCAGCACAUAUUUUGCCAGAUGAUCAUGAUGCAGCUUUGUGGUAUACUACAAUACGGACAACAGUACAGUACAUCAAUUUGAUAUUGGGCUCAUUCCUCUAUGUCCACUCAGACAAAAUAAUUCACUUUAUUGAUUAAUUAUUAUAUUAAUCAUGAUUCAUGGUAAUGUCAUUACCAUGACAUACAAGCACUCAUUAACUUUGUGACUUUACACCAGUACCCGAAGCAAGGGACAUGCAGAAAAAAAAAUGAUUGGAUUACUUUAAGGAUGAAUGACAACAGAUUACGUGCCAGAAUGUACAAAUGCCCCAAAAUUGUUCAUUUAGUGUAAUACAUAAAGCUCCUGUGGCCAUAAUACACUCUAGUGGUGUAUCUGUUAUUUGCUGCUAUGAAAAUGCAAUCACGUAGAGAGAUAGAAAGAAGCAGAAUUGUGUUUUCUCAGGGUAAACUGCAACCCAACCACCUAAAAGGAAACAAAAGAAGAGCAAAAUGUACUGAGCUCAUGCCUAUUUAACUGUUGUGCCAAGCAAAGAAAAAUAAGGGGGGUGGGUGGGGUGGACAGACUAUUUUCACACAGAGGCCCUCAUCAUUUUCCUAAUCAAAUAGCUGUAAUACCUUCUAUAUGUCUGCUUUGAUUUAGUCACAUGUGCAUUAAAAAAAAGAUAUUCUUUAGGUACAUACAAAUAAUAUAAUAAAAACCAGAGUGACAGUAAGUCACAAAAAUCUUAAUGGGAGUGAGUUUGUAACUGUACAUAAAAAAAAAGUCAGAACAAUAUCAGAAAGAAGUUUUAAUUUUCUAGUCUGGUGGUUAACGUUCAUGUGACUAAUCUUGUUCUCGCUAAAGAGCAUAUUUACUCCUCGAGUGCUGCGAAUGCUGCUCAAUGUGGGUGCUAAAACACAUUCAUAGGUUACAUGCAUGUUCAAGUUGAAUAUUUUGUAACACUGCAUCAAUUCACUUACUUAUUUGCAUUACAUGAUCUGAAACUCACUUAACUAUCUCCCGCUCUUUGUCUUUUGUGGAUUUUUUUCUUCUUCAUCUUCUUUUUCUUCUUCUUCGUGUGUUCACAUCCCUCCAGCUUUGUGCAGAUAACAAAAGAUGGAUAGAUUUUUUUUCGUUUUACUUCCUGACAUCUCGUGCCAUCCUCGGUGCAUCUGAGUUCAACCAAUAUGAAUCUGCUCACUCUAAAAUGUUCACCUCCCCACGUCACCAUGAGAAAAAACAAUAAGUAUCCUGGAUACUGUGUAUCCAACAAUGAAUCUAUAGUAACAUACAGUGUUAGAUACUUUGUUCACACCCCUGUUGACGGGUGAUCAGUAAGAAAAUAAUAUUUGAUAUUAAAAAACGCUUUCAUGUUACGUGUGUUUUAUAAAAACAUAGAAACAUUACACCCCCUGGGAUGUGAAUUUGUGCAAAUGUGGAGCUUAUUGAACGUGCAGUGGUCAUCCUACACUCGUGACUCAUGGGAAGGUCCUUGAUGAAGACCAGAUGGAUUUUUAAGACCUACAAAAUCGACUGUUUUUGAAAAAGACUGCACUUCAUACAGGUGUUGCUUUAAAGUAUAUCUUGGUUGUCCUUUGCUAAGCAUCACCUCUUAACUGUAUCAGAGCUCGCUGCGACAAUGUUUUAGGGGCUGCAUUUAACUUCUUUUCGUGAUGUUUACUACGUUCCUGAACAAAUAGCGUCGCUAGGAUUGUUGGUCCAAAGGGUUCUGGUUUCUGUUUCACUCAAAUUUGUUUCCAUGUAACCUGCAGCUCACUGCCACUGUGUUCCAGAUUUGCAGAACCGGCCUUGAUGUGCUUUUUGUCCGGGAAAAAAAAUAUUUUACCUUUGCAAAAACUGUUUUCCAAACUCCGUGUUUGUUUCAACAUUGUAGUGCGUGUACCAUGUGCCCCUUCUGAUCUCCUCUAAUCUUUCAAUUUCCCUGCUGUGUCUGGCUAGAGUUUUCUACAGAAAGGGUGUUUAUUUGUAAAUACACAUGUUGAAGCAGCUAUAAGAAAUGAAAACAAU